AUGGUUUGGAAUUGGAAAGAGAAGUGUAAUGAUCUUGUGGGUUUCUGUAGGUACCAAACCAAAAGAGGCCAGCCAGAGCAUCUCCAAAAGGAAAUAGACAGACUGAGCUCUGAAUUGCAGGCUGAAAAGGAGCUCCAUAUGAGGGAGAUGCAGCUCUUGAAGGAGAAACUCUGCAAAUCAGAGCUGUUGGUGCAACAACUGUACAAAGAGAUUGCAAGGCUGGAGAAGUCACAGCCUGGGAGACCCGCCCAAGGCCUCCGAGAGCCACAGGAAACAGAGGCCAGUGUGAAGCGGGGUGAUAAACCAGAAACGGAGAGUUUCGAGCUUUGGUCAGAGAGAGGAAACAACAAUGUAGUGGCAGAGCCUAGUAACAUGACACUGCGGAGGAUCCCCAAGCACACGAGCUUCCUGGAUUCAUUCUUCAAGGAUAGAGAUCCAGCAACACUUCAGAUGGAAAAGGACGACGGAAGAACCCAGAUAUCAGAAGUAGUUCAAACAGAAUUCAACCUCUAUGGCAUGUCCUCUACAGAGUUAGAGAGCAGAUGGAAAAUAAAUGAUCUUAGGAACUUUAGUUCAAGUCAAGAGCUGGGUAGUUUUCCUGCGAGAAUUGAGAGGAAACUACAAUCAGAAAGUUCUUGGUGGGAGGCGAUCUCUUCUCCAAAAUCAGAUCUUGUUUCUGCACCAAGCAGGUCUGAAGUUGCGGUAUUGUUCCCCAGUCUCCCACUGUCCUGGGAGGCCAUCGAGCCCAAACACACUGGUUCUCUGGAUCUGAAGACGGACCAGUCCCAGGAUCUGUGCCGUCCCACUCAUGCCGGUCUUGGUGGGAUAGGAGUUUGCAAGACAUCUGUGAUGCCCUCAGAUCUGAGCAAAGGUGAAGAACAUGAAAGGGUUCCUGGGGACACAGGAUUCCUAAAGAUCACCACCGUGAAUUGCAAGGGCAAAUUCGUUCGAAUCCUCAACACCUCAUUGGACCAAGACGUGGACCUGAGUGGCUUCAUCAUCCAGCAGUGGAUUGGAGGGUACCCGGUGUCCAUCUACCGCUUCCCCCCAGACACCAUGCUGCCCGCACUGCAUCACGUCACGGUCUGGGCUGCAGGAGCUGAUUGCACCCAUAAAAAACCCGCUGACGUGACACUGAGGACCCAGCAGUAUUUCAGAACUGGCCCAGAAUGCACCACAGUCCUCAGCAAUGCAAAGGGCCAGACUCUGUCCAGGUACACAGCCCCUCACAGACUCACAGCGGCCGCAGACGCCUACACAGAUAACAUGGACCUUUCGGUGGACAAGUUCCCACUCACUGGAGAAGGGGAGGAAGCAGAAGAACCUCAGCCCCAGAAGGAUCAGCACUGGGUCCCUGCAGUGCCACACAGAGGGAGCACAGGCAGGCCACCGGCUGUCCUGCAGAAGGCAAGGGACAGGAAGCACUUUCCUGUUGGCUCUUCAAACAGCAACAGUCGGGGAGAUCCUUCAAAGGGCGGCAAGAGGAAAAUCCAGCCUGCACCCAGAGAGACAGUUCACAAGACUGUCUCCUUCUCAGCCCAGAAUUUACCUGCCAUAUCAGUGGCAGUCAAGGAGAAACGCUCUUCAUCCAGCGAGGAGAAGGAGGAGGAAGAGGAGGAUUUUGCUCCUCAUGGAAGGCAGCCCCCAACUGCAGAGCCAAAACCCAGAGUCUUCAAGACAGCUCUGGAUACAACAAUUCCUACGGUGGCACUGAUAGGACAGAAGAGUGCUCGAUCUAAAUACGGCUUCAAGCACAUGGCUUACCUACCUACCACUACUGACAUGCAGCUUAGGAGAUAUUGUCCUGCUAGAUGAUGCAUUGAUUAAUAGGUGACACAGGAAACUUGCACACGGGUUCUUAAAUACAUGCCAUGCUGCUCCAGUGAAUGUGCUGCCACUUGGCUUAUUUCAGCAAGGGGAGAAGAGUCAGUAAUGGGGGUGGGGGGGCUGUUUUGAGAGGAUGUGCUACCCGCAAGGCUGUUAUUUAUCACUUGAGAACUCCACAAAGAGCAAAGUCAGGACACUGUAGGAAAGAUAAUUGUAGAGUGGCCUUUGGUGGCUCCAGUUCCCACCCUUCCAGUCAGGAGGCCCAUGGUGAAGGCUAAGAGUAAGGUCUGCUGGUGAUGUGUUCCUCAUCUGACGACAGUAGAGUUACUGGGCAGGAGAGAAGGUCUCUAUAACUGAGAUGAAUGACGACAAAGGUCAGAAAUGGAAGGGAUUGCUCCCACUGAGCCCACGAAGGCACUUCCCAAAUGUCUUACUCUACUCAUGUACAAUGGUCCCUGUUAACUUACCAGUCCAUGGACAAAAACAUUACUGAUCAUUUCUCCCUGUCCCCCACCACAGGAAUACAGUGGAGAGGCCCCUUGCAUGAUAAUGGUACAGAACCAAGUCUUUGUUUUCCUGGAAAAGAUCCCAUAGCCAUUUGCAGAAGUGGCUUCUAAAUCGGUGACCAGUUUCUGUGCAGAUCAGGCAGACAAACCCAGUUGCCUGAUUUGCAAGCCCAAACCCCAUUUAUGCAUGAGAAUGUAGGAUUCUGCACAUAUAAAGUCACAAGCACAAAUUGAGAGAGUAGUUAGGGGCCAUUUGGAGCAGGUGGUCCUAAAUACCACUCACUUUUACAAUAGUUUUUAUAAGCAGGGCCUGAUUUUCACAAGUGUUGAGCAUCUGCAACUCCUACUGACUUCACCCAGGAGUGUGAGUGCGCAGCACUUCUGAAAAUCAGGCCCUAACAUUCUUCUCUCUUCUAUCCUAUUGAGCCACACUGUCCAUUUGUUUUGUUCAUGGUCAGUGACACUGGCAUAGAGUCAAUUUUAGAUGCCAGUUUAACUACACAAGCACUUUGUUGGGCGAUGACUGCCUGGAAAUCCCUCCAACACUCAUAUGAUUUUGGGGAACUGCUUGCCAUUCAAUACUUAUUGUAUCUGAUCGAUGGUUCCUUCUUAUGCCCACUGAGAGAAUGCGAACUUGGCUUCUGCUCACAACUAUUUUGUAAGAGGAAUGGCUAUCAGAGCAGUGGGACCAAGUUGAAGGA